AUGCUCUUUUCCAAAAUUUCCAGUGCUGGGCUACUCAGCACCUUCGUCCCGGGAGCCCCUCUCACCUCUCAGCGAAAGGCAAUCCAUCACAGCCGACGGGCCUCUCAAGUAUAUAAUUCAAAUUGGGCUGGAGCCGUGCUUAUUGGCAAUGGAUACACUUCUGUCUCCGGACAAAUUACAGUUCCUGCACCUCAACUUCCCAGUGGGGCCGAUUCCUUCACGAGCUACUGUGCUUCUGCCUGGGUCGGUAUUGACGGUGAUACCUGCUCUACGGUUAUCCUGCAAUCUGGCCUCGACUUUUGUGUACAAGGAAACAGUACUUCAUACAGUGCUUGGUAUGAAUGGUAUCCAGAUUAUGCUCAUGAUUUCAGCAAUAUCCAGAUCUCGGCUGGUAACGUGGUCAAUGUGAGCGUUGAAGCUACUUCAGUAAAUUCUGGCACUGUUGUUAUCGAAAACUUGUCUACGGGUACAUCUGUGAACCACACAUUCCCGCCCAACUUUAGUGGUAAACUUUGCGAGUUUAAUGCAGAAUGGAUUGUUGAAGACUUUUCAAUCAAUGGCGGCUUGGCACCUUUCGCCAACUUUGGCAGCGUCAUAUUCUCAAAUGCAGUCGCCUCUACUGGUGCAAACAGCUUCGGACGCCUGAGUGCUACCACCAUGGACAUUUAUCAGGACCAGGUCUUGACUUCAUCUUCUGUCACCAGUCAUGGCGUCAUUGUCAGUUACAUCUGA